AUGGACGGCCCGUACGCGCGCGAGCUGGCCGUGGCCAUCUCGGCGAUCCAGCACGCCGUAAAGAUCAGCUCGCGCGUCAUCGCGUCGAAAAACAAGGGCAUUGUCGAGAAGGACGACCACUCGCCAGUCACCGUCGCCGACCUGGCAAUCCAGGCGCUGUUGACCGCGACGAUCCACUCUGCGUUCCCGGACGACCUGUUCGUGGGCGAGGAGUCGGCCGAGCAGCUGCGCGCGAGCCCGACCCUCCUCGACGCGGUGUGGGGGCUGCUGUCCGACCUCGAUAUCGCCGACAGCGUCGCGCGUAUCCCGGCGUCAAAAGACAAGCUGUGCAGCAUGCUCGACUGGGCCGGCACGGGGCAGCCCUCGGCGGGCCGAUACUGGAUCUUCGACCCCAUCGACGGGACGAAGGCCUUCAUCCGCGGCGAAAACUACGCCGUCAACGUGUGUCUCAUGACCGGGCCAGGGCAGACCCUCAGCGCGGUCGGCAUCCCGCUGCUUGCUCCGGACGCCGUCGCGCCAAUCAACAACGACACGACGAGCGCGUCAGGCAGCAUCAUGUUCGCGACGCGCGGGCACGGCACGUUCAUCCGCCCACUUGACGGGCCAGCGGACACGCCGGCAAGGCGGCUACCCCGGCGCACGGCGGACGACACGACGCAGCUCACGGCAGUCACCUGCGUCGAGGGCACCGACUCUGCCGUACCCGGGCUCAACGUGAAGAUUGCUGCGCGCCUCGGCAUAGCAUACCCCGGCAACGACCUGCUUGCGUGGGUGCUCCGCUGGGCGGUCCUCGGCCUCGGCGCGGCAGACGCGACGUUCUGGGUGUACCGCAAGCGCACGCGCUACGGCAAGAUCUGGGACCACGCCGGCGCGAUGCUGCUCUUCGAGGAGGCGGGCGGCAAGAUCACCGACGUGCACGGCAAGGUGAUUGACAUCUUUGCUGGGCGCGCCAUGUCGUCAAACUUUGGCUUUGUGGCGGCGCUUGAGGGCGCGCAUGCGCGUGUGCUGUCUGCUGUGCAGGACGCUGUGCGAGAGGAGGGGCUGCUAGAGCUGCUGGUGUAA